AUGAAUCAAAAGCUCACCGCAGUAGAAUAUAAUGCUUAUGUGGGAAAGCUGGGAGAUCCAGAUUUGAAGGACAUUACUGCAUACCAGAAGCUAAUUGGGAAGCUCUUAUAUUCGACAAUCAUACGACCUAACAUUAGCUUUGCAGUACAAACAUUAAGCCAGUUCAUGCAAAUUCCAAAACAAUCUCACAUGGAUGCAGCUUUGAGAGUGGUUAAGUACAUCAAAAUGAGCACCAGGUCAAGGAACUGGGCUGCCUGUCCUAAUACUAGGAGGUCAGUGACAGGUUAUAUUGUCAAGUUAGGAAGCUCUUUAAUCUCAUGGAAAUCAAAAAAGCAACAAACAGUUAGCAGGAGCUCAGCAGCAGUAGAAUAUAGAAGUAUGGUAGCUGUGACAGCAGAAGUUCUUGGUUAUCAGGACUUCUAG